CUGAUAAAAAAACGGCAGGCAGGUAGUGGAACUGUUGGGUAUUUUCUAUCAUUUUAAUACAAACACUAAUCGCCAGCACGCAUUCAUUCAAUAAACAAUUUUUGUAAGAGAACUCUCAAAAAAACUAAAGUAUUCAGUAGACCAACGCGACCAGAGUACGUUCAUUAAAAACACGCGAAAAGCAAAAGUAGACUGUCAGAGGAACGGGUGUGCGAAGCAGAGAGUCGGAACAAGCGUAAAAGUGCACAAAAUACAAAAACAAGAAACAUAAAAAGCUGAAACUAAAAUUUUAUUACUUAAUCAAUAUUAAAAAAAAAAGAAAAAACUAAAUUAAAACUGAGUUGAAAGUAUAAUUUAACCAUUUGCUACAGAAAUCCCCACUUUUUAGCAUUAACUAAAUAAAUCUACACAAAAUGGACAAGAAAUUACACAGUGGUAUCCAUCAUCCUACUUUGCGUUUGCUGCAGGAAUCCGGUUGUGAGAUUACUCCCCACAAUUUAAUGUAUCCGGUGUUUUUGGUAUGUGAUGAUGACAGUUUCCAACCCAUUGCCAGUAUGCCCGGACAGGCUAGAAUGGGUGUUAAUGUUCUGAGAGAUCAUUUGACUCCUUUGGUUGCUAAGGGCUUAAGUUCUGUUUUACUUUUUGGUGUAGUCGAUUGCGCAAUGAAAGAUGAACACGCCACACAUGCCGAUUCCAAAGAAAAUCCUGUUGUCAAGGCCUUACCUUUGCUUAGACAAUGGUUCCCUAAUCUCUUAAUAGCUUGCGAUGUAUGUCUGUGUCCCUAUAUGUCACAUGGUCACUGCGGCAUUUUGGAUGAGGGCGGCCUAAAGAAUGCCGAAAGCAUUAAACGUUUAGCGGAAGUAGCUGUAGCAUAUGGCAAAGCUGGUGCCCAUAUAGUGGCUCCCUCCGAUAUGAUGGAUAACCGCAUUAAAGCAAUCAAAGAGGGACUAAUUGCCAACAAUUUGGAAAAUCGUGUUUCCUUACUCUCCUACUCGGCGAAAUUCGCUUCCAAUUUCUAUGGACCCUUCAGAGAUGCAGCUCAGUCGGCUCCGGCUUUUGGUGAUCGCAGAUGUUAUCAACUGCCCAGUGGCUCUAAGGGUUUGGCCAUGCGUGCUGUACAACGUGAUGUUGUAGAGGGAGCCGAUAUGUUGAUGGUCAAACCAGGCAUGCCUUAUUUGGACAUUUUAAGACAAACUAAAGACACUUACCCUAGUCAUCCUUUGUACGUGUAUCAAGUAUCGGGUGAAUAUGCCAUGUUAUAUUAUGCUGCUGAACAUGGUGCCUUUGAUUUGAAGCAAGCUUUAAUGGAAUCCAUGAAAGGCUUUAGACGUGCCGGAGCCGAUUGCAUAAUCACCUAUUUUACACCACAAAUUUUAGACAUUUUGGAAGAAGAGAAAUGAUGGUUGGUAAAAGUGGCAGAUGAGGGGGAUGAUGUUAAAAAAGGUGGUUAAUUAAAUUUAAAUUAAGUGUACUUAUUAAGUUAAUUAAGUUGAACUAAGACAUACAAAUCGCUUCACUUGUUUUGAGGAAAAAGUUAAAGUUUUUUAAAAAGGGUCCAUAGAAAAAUUUCUAGCAUGAGUGCAAUAAAACUAUUUCCUUUUAGUUUAAAAUUUGUUUACAAAAGUUAAUUUUUCUCGUUAACUUAUGUUAAUGGAAAUCUUGUUAUUUUAAAACAAUUUUAAAUUUUGUUAGAUUUUUUUCUUUUUGAUAUAAAAUUGCCUAUCUUAAAGUUUUAAACGACUUUUAACUUUUUUCUACAAACAAGACGAAAAAAAUAACUUAAUUUUAUUAUGCAAUUUAUAUUUUAGACCAUUAAUUAUAGACAAUAAUAAAAUAUACAUACAUACAUAUGUACAUCUGUUUGUAUGUACAUUACAACCAUUAACAAAAUUUCGUCAUCUUUUAUUUUUUUUAAUAAAUACAAAACUAUUUCACCUAUUAUUUGCAUGUCAUCGUUAUAAGUUUGUAUAAAUUAAUUGUUAUACAAAAACUUAAAGGCAAAAAUAUAGUCUAUUGUGGAAUUAAACCCUAA